AUGUUUCCGGAUACGCCAUUCAUCCAGACGAUGGCCGUCGCGGGCGCGGUCUUUUGGUCUGUCCAGCUCCUGCCGCAGAUCUGGCUCAACUACCGUCGGCAUCACACGACUGGGCUUCAUCAGGGUAUGAUGUUGCUGUGGGCCCUCGCCGGUCUGCCCCUGGGCAUCUACAACAUCCUGAGCCACCAGCAUGUCGCGCUCCAGGUCCAGGCCCAGAUCUUGACGGGCCUUAGCCUGACGACCUGGUCUCAGGUGAUGCACUACUCACAUGGCUGGAGCGCCAAACGGUGCAUCUGGGCCCUCGGCGCCCUUGGUAGCCUCUUUGGCGCGUGCGAAGCGGCAGUCGUUGUCGGAUUCAAGGGGGGCACUUCGACUGGCGAGGCGCCGCACGCCUUUCUCGUCAUCAUGGCCGUGCUGUCGGCGUGCGGCCUGGCAUUGGGCGUCCUGCGGCACUAUCUCGACAUCUGGCAGCAAAAGACGGUGCGUGGCAUCAGCUGGGGCUUCGUUGCUCUGGAUGCUGCAGGCGAUCUUGCCUCGCUGCUGGCCGUCGCUUGUGUCCAGCCGCCAGACUACCUUGCCGUGGCCAUCUACGCGACCGAGCUGACGCUUUGGCUUGGCAUCAUGCUGGCUGGGGUCGCGUUCAACGUCGUGCGACGUCAAACGAGGCCUAGCGAGCGGCACGAGGCGGCAGAGGUGGUCGGGGCUCCUCGUGACGUGGGAGAGCAGCCGUCACCCCGGCCGUCGUUGGCAUCGGACCGUUCUUACUCGGCGUUCGCAACCGUCACAGCCACAUCGUCGGCUCACCACCCACCGGUAUCGAACAAGACGCUGCUGCAACGGCUUCGUCGACUGCCGAGCACUGGCGGCGAAAGCAUGAGCUCCGCCGCCAAGACCUACACACAAGGCCACAGCGGGUCGGUGCUGGCCUCGCAUGCCUCUCGCACCGCCGCCACUUCGGCCGCCUACCUUGUGCCCCACCUCGAGCCGCACCAUGCCGUGCUCGACAUUGGGUGCGGGCCGGGCACCAUCACCGCCUCGCUGGCGGAGCACGUCCCAGCGGGUAGCAUCGUCGGCACCGACUUUUCCGCCGACGUCAUCGCGGCCGCCCAGAGGAUGCAAGGUGUACCUGCCAACUGCCGCUUCGAGGUGGCGUCGGUGUUGGAUCUACCUUAUGCCGAUGCCACGUUUGACGUCGUCCACUCGCAUCAAGUCCUGAUCCAUCUGGCGGACCCGGUGGCGGCGCUGAGAGAGAUGCGUCGGGUGUGCAAGCCGGGCGGCUUGGUUGCAGCGAGGGAAGGGGAUUGGCAGACGACGGUCGUCUACCCAUGGAGCUCUGCGAUCGAGUCGUGGAAGACGACGUCGGAGGCCAUUUUCCGACGGGAUGGAGGCUCGGAGCCCAAUGCUGGACGGUGCCUGAUCCGAUGGGCGAUCGAGGCCGGGUUCAAGGCGGAUGGGAUCAGGUACUCGUCGAGCAACCAGACGUACGCCGGUCAGCCUGCGGCCGGGUGGUGGGGCAAGAUGCAAGCCAGCCGGGUAGACGAGCGGGCAUGGAGGGACAAGGCGAGCAGGACGACGGGCGCGGACGAGGAGCAGAUUGACGAGAUGGUAGGGGCGUGGCGCGAGUGGGGUCAGCGGGAGGAGAGCGUGUAUUUCAUCGCGUGCGGCGAAAUCCUGGCGCGUCGAUGA